UUACAACCUAAAUACGAGAAUUAAUUUGGCACACACCAAAAAGGCGUGGAAAAAAGUUAUUGAAUCUUCGCCUCCAGCAACUUCAUUACCAAACCAAAGUAGGCUUAGGAAGUGUAAAGACUUGUUCUCUAACAAUGGCAUUGGCAAGGAUUGCUAGGGCCAACCUGAGAAGAUCAGGAGGUGCUUUGGGCAGUUCUGCUCAUGAGAAGGAUAUGUUCAGUGUGGGAGGAUACACAAGCAGAUCCAACAUACCUUCCCAUAAAACUUUUGAAUCAGAUCGAAAGAUUUCAUAUGUUCCAAGAAUUAAGGAACAGAACUACAUAAACUUUUCAAUGAGGGGAAUAUCAGGAACACCAUACCAUCACUUUUCUUCUGCUAGCACACAGACUGUUAUAGAGGAGUCCGAGUAUGAGUUUGAGAGUGAUCGGCAAAGAUAUGCAGGACUACAGCCAACAAAGCCAGGUGAAAAGCCUAGGGUGGUUGUUAUUGGUACGGGUUGGGCCGCGUGUCGGUUCCUCAAAGGGAUAGACACCAGAAUUUAUGAUGUUGUGUGCAUAUCACCAAGGAAUCACAUGGUCUUUACUCCUUUACUAGCUUCAACUUGUGUUGGAACCCUGGAAUUCAGAACUGUUGCUGAGCCUGUAUCCAGAAUACAGAAUUCAUUAGCAAGGGACCCUAACUCCUACUUCUUUCUAGCUUCUUGCACUGGCAUUGACACAGGCAAACAUGAAAUCUAUUGUAAGGCAGUUAACAAUGGUGGAUUGCCUCAAGAGCCUUACCAAUUCAAAGUCGCGUAUGACAAGCUUGUAAUUGCAUCAGGAUCUGAGCCUUUAACUUUUGGUAUCAAGGGAGUAAAGGAAAAUGCUUUUUUUCUUCGCGAAGUGAACCAUGCUCAAGAAAUAAGGAAGAGACUUCUCCUUAAUCUGAUGCUUUCUGAAAAUCCAGGCAUAUCGGAAGAAGACAAGAAACGCCUUCUACACUGUGUAGUUAUUGGAGGUGGUCCUACCGGAGUGGAAUUUAGUGGUGAAUUGAGUGAUUUCAUCAUGAGAGAUGUUCAGGAGCGCUAUACUCAUGUCAAAGAUUACAUUCACGUCACACUCAUUGAGGCAAACGAGAUACUGUCAUCCUUUGAUGUUAGCCUACGGCAAUAUGCAACAAAGCACUUAACAAAGUCCGGGGUCCGUCUUAUGCGAGGUGUGGUGAAGGAGGUGCAUCCCAAAAAGAUAAUUCUGAGUGAUGGAACAGAGGUUCCUUAUGGCCUCCUGGUUUGGUCCACAGGGGUUGGUGCCUCUGAGUUUGUGAAAACACUAGAUCUUCCCAAGUCUCAAGGUGGAAGAAUUGGUGUAGAUGAUUGGCUGCGUGUCCCCUCAGUGGAAGAUGUAUUUGCCCUUGGAGAUUGUGCUGGUUUUCUUGAACACACUGGAAGGCCUGUGCUUCCAGCUCUAGCUCAGGUUGCUGAAAGGCAGGGAAAGUUUCUUGUGGAGUUGUUCGACGAAAUAGGGAAUCAGAAUGGAGGCAAGGCUUAUUCUGCAAAAGGCAUGCCACUUGGAGAACCUUUUGUAUAUAAGCAUCUUGGGAGCAUGGCAUCAGUAGGUGGCUACAAAGCACUGGUGGAUCUACGACAGUCAAAGGAUUCAAAGGGAUUGUCACUUGCUGGUUUUGUUAGCUGGAUGAUAUGGCGCUCUGCAUAUCUGACACGUGUCCUUAGCUGGAGGAACAGGUUUUACGUGGCAGUCAACUGGGCCACCACAUUAGUCUUCGGUAGAGACAACAGCAGGAUAGGUUGAAAUUUCAUUCAUUGAAGAAACAGCAAAACCAGUCAAAUAUUUUUCUUGGUAGAGUUCCUGAUAGCAACACAGACAUACAUCAUGAUCCCAACUCAGUAAAGAUAGAAGACGCAGCUAUAAAGGCCCAACCGCACCUUGCGGAUUAUGUGUAACAGACUAUGAUAUUAGUUAGCAGCAGUGUGGUUUUGUUCUGUUUAGCAAAAUGCCAAAGUUGGUUAGUAGUUUGUGAAUUCUGUUAGUAGCCUCGCUGAUCGGUGAGCUUGUUAGCCACCAAAAGCUUAUAUAAAGAACCACUGAAAGAAAUAAAACACAGAAUAUGCAUUAUCAGAUUUUUUA